AUGGAUUAUUAAAUUGAUAAUCCCUUUUUUGGCUUAGAGAAAAUCGUAUUAAAAAAGCAAGAUUUCUAUGUAUAUGAAGUUGAUUAAUGGGAUGAAUGUAAUUUUGUAAAAAUAAGAGUUUCGCUUCAAUUUACAUAAGAUCAUGAAAUUAUGUAUUUUAAAGAUGGAGUAAUUUUGAGAAAGUAAUGAUGAUUCUAACUUUAAAGAGAAUAAGUAAAUGAAACAAAGAAAAUCCAAUUACUAAAUAAUCUGGAACAGAUUAAAUAUUUAUCUUGGCAAUUUUAAAAUGGAUUGAAAAAAAAGAAAAAUGGCUAGUCAAUUGCUUUUUGGGAUGGAAAGGCUCUAAAUAAAACAGGAGGAUACUAUCAAGAUGAUUUAAAGCAAGGAUUAUGGAAAGAACUAAUAAAAAAUUAUUGGAAGUAAGUUAAAAGAUUGCAAUAAUAAAUAGAAAAGCUUAAAUUUUUGAAACAGGAGAAUACUAAAAUGAUUUAAAAAUAGGUAAAUGGAAUUAUAUUUAUGAAAAUAAUAAGAUGUAAUAAUUUACCUUAUUAUUUAGUGAUGGUGGGCUAUAUAGAGGGAAAGGUUAAAAGAAAGGUAAAUGGACUGAAUUAGAUGACAGAUUUUGGGAUUAUUCUUAAGUUAUUUAUAAGGGAGAGUAUAACAUAAAAGGUAUAAAGGUAGGUCUUUGGGAUAUUUUAUAUUGUAAUAUUAAUUAGAAAAAACUUAAAUUAAUGUUAAUAUUAAAGUAUAAUAGGUUAGUGGGGGAGGAUUAUAUGAUAGUUCCUAGGGAAUAAAGAUUGGAAAGUGGAUAGAACUUGACAAAGGAUUUUACUUAGAAAAGUAAAUUACAUAUGUGGGUGAAUAUAAUAUGAAGGGUAUAAAAUUUGGUAGAUGGGAUAUUUUGUAUUGCAACUUUUGGGAGAAAAAUUAUCAAUUAAUGUAAAUAUUAAUUUUAAAUACUAGUGCUGGAGGUUCAUAUGAUAAUGCUAAAGGAAAUAAGAUUGGAAAAUGGAUAGAAUUAGACAAAGAAUUUUAUUUUGAGAAAUAAGUUACAUUUAAUGGUGAAUAUAAUAUAAAUGGUAUGAAAGUAGGUAGAUGGAAUACUGUAGCUUGGGAUCAGUAAAUGUAUAAUUUAAAUUAUUUAAAUGUUAGUGGGGGAGGAUCUUAUGAUAUUUCUUCCGAAAUUAAGAUUGGAUAAUGGGUAGAGCUGGAUGAAGGAUUUAGAGAUUGGAAUUAAGUAACUUAUAGUGGUGAAUAUAAUAUUAAAGGAAACAAAGUUGGUACAUGGGUGGGAUUUAAUAUAGUCUUCAAUAAGAAAGGCAAAGAAAUUAUAUACGAUACUUGA